AUAAUGUAGUGAGCAAGGGGAGGCGUGUCAACAAUCAGGGACUCACUCGGAUGCAGGGGAACAUCUUGACGAACACAUGGAAAGGAAUCGGAUUAAUUACCAAGCGCCAAGGAACCGAAGCAAAAGGGGACAGCAGCUCCUUGCGGUGCCAAGGUUCUGCUCUAUGGCUCCUGAAUGAAUCGGGAUACGAAAAGUCGCUGGGUGCAAAGUCAAGGUUUGGACAAACCUCGACGGAUGUCGUCCGCUAAAAUGCAAGGUCUCAGCUCCAAAGCGCACGCCUUUUCCGUCGAAGCGCUGGUUGGGAAACCCUGCAAGAGAUUGAAAGUGUCGGAGGAACACGUCUCAAGUUCACGUGGACACACCGACACUGACGCGAGCAUCUUCUCUGGAUCGACUGAGUGCCCGCUCACCCAGACCCAUGAAGAGGAUUUUCAGGUCACGGAGGCCGAAUCGGCCGAAUUAUCGAGCAAGCCCAAAGAGAAUAAAUGCACUCCGCAGAGAGAGGUGCGGGUUGAGCUGCAGAGCUCAGAACUCUGGAAGAGAUUCUUUGAGAUCGGCACCGAAAUGAUCAUCACCAAAGCUGGAAGGAGAAUGUUUCCAUCCGUUCGCGUCAAAGUGCGGAAUUUGGACCCAUGCCAGCAGUAUUACAUCGCAAUGGACAUCAUGCCCGUAGACUCAAAACGUUAUAGGUAUGUUUACCACAGCUCGCAGUGGAUGGUGGCUGGAAACACAGACCAUUCUUGCAUCUCACCAAGGCUCUAUGUGCACGCGGACUCACCGUGCGCGGGCGAGACGUGGAUGCGUCAGGUGAUCAGCUUUGACCGAGUAAAACUCACCAACAACGAGAUGGACGACAAAGGACAUAUAAUUCUACAGUCCAUGCAUAAGUACAAGCCACGCGUGCACAUCAUCCAGCAUGACCCGAGGAUGGAUUUGUCCCAGAUCCAGUCGUUGCCGGCCGAGGGAGUGUUCACCUUCUCCUUCCCAGAAACCGAGUUCACCACCGUCACAGCCUAUCAAAAUCAACAGAUCACAAAACUGAAGAUUGACAGGAACCCGUUUGCCAAGGGCUUCAGGGAUCCAGGAAGAAAUAGGGGAGUGUUGGAUGGUUUACUGGAGUCUUACCCUUGGAGGUCCCCACUCAGCUUGGACUUCAAGCCAUUUGCCAUUCAGCUACAAGGGAGCUUGGGGUCCCCAACCGGCACUGCUUCCCCGCUGAAGAGUCUCCUGCCCCUCUCAUCUUCAUCAUCUCUUCUUUCACUCUCCUACCAGGACACUGCUCUUCACACUCUUGCAUUGCCUUACUACGGAAAAACUUCGACCAGCCCCUCAUUGGCCAGCAGAGCCUUCUCCGCCAUGGGAGCAGACAGAUUCAGAUGCCUGCCGCCAGUGUCUCCACUAAAAGACCCCCCACUCUUCUCUAUGCUGCAGGGAAAGAAACUUCCCAACUGUCGAGAUCCAGAUCUCUCUCGAUCAAGCCCCCCAUGCUUGAUACCCUUCCCCAGCCCUCUCAGCCCUCAAAGAGCCGCUUCUUCUUUAAUGCCUCAUCUGUCAGAAAGUGUUGGCCCAUAUUGUGUUUACCGUUAUAGCUUCCCGUUGAACCCUCAACUCGCAACUAUGUCCCAACACACCAAACUAGCCGAAGACAACACAGAGGCCCUUCUGCAGCAACCUUCUUGGCAUCUGGCCGCCAACCACCGUCUUUGACCGUCUCCAGCUCAAGGAGAGUAACAAGCCAAAGCAAAGUGUGGGACACCAAAGACCGAACAUCAGAAGGAGUCAAGACAGAGCUGUCACUGAAAGGAUUAUUUUUAUUCAAAAAGAAGAUUGAACACUAUAACUGUGAUGCCCACAACAAAAACAAACGAACAACCAAACAAACGGACAAACAUAAAGCAACGAAAAACCAAACCUUAAAGAAAUCUCUCCUCACUGUAUGAAUUCAAAAACAAAACUUUACACCUGUUACCUCUAACUAACCAGAGAAAUGAUCUGACCGACACAUUAGCAGUCUAUGCUAUACUAAUUACAUACGCUACAUAUGUAUACCAUUAGAUUUAUAUAGAACCACUGCACCACCAUUCAAAAAUGUAAAUUUUAAGCAUUUUUUUAAGGAUUUUCUACUUCAGUGAAUUCCUGAAAAAUCCAGUUCUGGACUUAUUUUAAUAUGUUACACCAAAGACUGAUUAACUACAGUCUUGUUCAUUCAAGAAAAUCACGUAAAUUGCACAAAAAGCUACAAUAAAAUAUUAUAUAUAUAAAGAAAUGCUAUCAGUCUAGAAAGGGUGACAAAGACAUUCUUAAAACUUUUGACAAAGUCACAAAAACUUCCAAUUCACAAACCAUGGUGAGAACCACGACCCACAAAUUGAAAUAGCAUGGACCUAAGCACACAGCAAUAACUCACCCAGGAGGUCACAAAGGAACUCAGGACAACAUCAAAUGAACUACUGGCCUCCCUCACAUCCCUCAAUGAGGAAGAGACGGGCAAAAUCUCUGUUUGAAGAGAACUUAAAACAGGAG